GCGGCCGCGUGUCGGGGGCGGCGCGGCUGCUGCGCCGCGGCUCGAGCAGCGCCGCGCCCCCGCUGCCGGAGCAGCCGCUCCGCCGCCGGCCCCGCGCUCCGCCGGCAUGAUCUCCUGAGGGGCCGAGCCGCCCCCGCCCCGCAUCUUCUGCAGCUGAGGCUCUGAAAUACAGGAGGACACUGCAUCUUCCUCAGGGACACGGGCAGGGGAGAGCUGGAGCCUCUGGGGGGCUCAGGAAGGAAUUGUGCCUGGUGGUCGCCUGAGGAACUUACCUGCACCCCAAUGUUGCUCUGAAACCAGUUGUGUCCAACAGUCAGGUUUGGUAAGAUGCCUCAGGAACAGUACCCGCACCGGAGCACCAUGCACGCCUCGGAAGGACCCCAGGUAUACAAAGUGGGCAUUUAUGGCUGGAGGAAGAGGUGCCUCUAUUUCUUUGUGCUGCUCCUAAUGAUUUUAAUCCUGGUGAACCUUGCUAUGACCAUCUGGAUUCUGAAGGUUAUGAACUUCACAAUUGAUGGAAUGGGGAACCUGAGGAUCACAGAAAAGGGUCUGAAGCUUGAAGGAGAUUCAGAAUUCUUGAAACCUCUCUACGCCAAAGAAAUCCGAUCAAGACCAGGCAACCCCCUGUACUUCCAGUCAGCCAGGAACGUCACCGUCAACAUCCUCAACGAGAAGACAAAGGUCCUGACCCGCCUUGUCACAGGUCCCCAAGCAGUGGAAGCACACAGCCAAAAAUUUGAGGUGAAAACCCUCUCUGGAAAAUUGCUGUUUUCUGCAGAUGACAACGAAGUGGUGGUUGGAGCAGAGAGAUUGAGAGUUCUAGGAGCAGAAGGCACAGUGUUCCCUAAAUCUAUAGAAACUCCCAAUGUCAGGGCAGACCCCUUCAAGGAACUAAGGCUGGAGUCGCCCACGCGCGCGCUGGUGAUGGAGGCUCCCAAGGGCAUCGAGAUCAACGCCGAGGCCGGCAGCCUGAGGGCCACGUGCAGGACAGAGCUCAGGCUGGAAUCCAAAGAUGGAGAGGGUCCAGGCAAAAAAUCUACGAGCUCUGUGUGUGUCCCAACGGGAGGCUGUUCCUGUCGCAGGCAGGCAGCAGCUCCACCUGCCAGAUCAACACGAGCGUCUGCCUUUGAGGGACAGCUGCAGCAGGGCACGGCAGGCAGCACAAAAGCCAGUUCUGGUCUCCCAGAUCCAGCUGCCAACUAUUUUUACUAGAACACAGAAAGCCUAUCAAAGACUCUUGUUGUGUGUGCGCGCGCGUGUGUGUGAAUAUAUAUAUAAAAUAUAUAUAUAAGAUAUAUAUAUAUCUAUCCUCUGUGUAAAAUGAUGUUUCAGUACAAGGAAUCCCAGGGUGACCCUGUUACAUUUGUGUAGCAUUUCUCUUUCCCACGCCAAAAUUUACUGGUACAAUCUGCUGAAUUGGAUCUGAUGCUCCCCUGGACCCUUCUGUAUUAACGCAGUGCAGUGAUCACCCCUUGUUUUUGAUCAUGUUCUCAGAGCAGUGGGAUUGCUGGCUGGGCAGUCAGGAACCAGUGCAGACCCACCACCAGCCAAAGGGAAGAGAAGCAUCUCUGAUUAUUUCUGUGCCAUUAAAUCGGUGGCAUGAAAAGUAAAUAAUUUCAAAAACAACAAAAUAGCCAGAUGUGCUGUGCUGAUCUCCUACAGUGAUCCAAGAUACCUGAGGCUCAUUACUCUUUAAUUAUCACCUGAAGCAUGGCUCCCUGUUGGGGGAGAUGGGUGCACUUGGCCAGUAGGAAAGUCCAGACCUUUUUAUUGAAAUAAUAAAUCUGAUUCUCUGAAGGAGUUCAAUACUCUGUGCAUGGCCAAGGAUGGCUUGUGCUAUUCAGGUCCAGCAUUAACCUCAAAUCAUCUCUGUGCUGGCAAAACUGUUGUAGUUUAUUGGAAGGAACUUGUGAAAGUUGGACUAAGCAGAAAAAUCCUGAACCUCUUUUCUUAACAGGUAUCCUGGAUCACCCCACAAACUCCCCCUCAACACCUUCAGUUUUGAACACAUUUGGUGUGAAGGUGUGAGAUCUAAGAUUUGGACAUUGCCUAAAUACCUGUAGAAGCAGAGAAAAUCAACUAGAAAUGGAGAAAAAAAUCAUAAAAGUAAGUGUAUAAUGUAGAUUCUAUACCAGAAUUUUGAUCAUCUUUCUUUUCAAGAUAUACAGUCCAUGGUCACUUAGAUUUGGUGGAAACUGAAAAUAUCAGAGAUGCUGACAAUGAAAGACUUUUUUUAAGGAUUUAUAAAGAUUGUGACAAAGCCAGAUCACUGAAAGGAAGGGCUUUGGAUGCUGCUUCCUCUAGAAUUUGAGUCCCCAAAACUCUGUGGUUGAAUCUUAUAAUGGUUGCAUUUUUUCCUUAUUUUAAAUUCUAGGAGUCACGGGCAGGAUAAACCACAAAAAUCUGAUCUGGUAACAUUACUUCCACUUUUGAAGUUUUGGAAAAUAAUGAUAGGAGCCCAGAUCAUUGAAUUCUGACCCAUAAUUUCAUCCACAUGCAUGUAAAAAUCCUUUAAAAAAAACCAAAUAUACCAAUUACAGCAAAAGUUUCCAAGUCACAGUAAAUGUCACGAGGACAGCAAGGUUUCUAAGCCACUGAGAUGCUUUUCAAAUAUUACCUCAGGUGCAAAUAAGAGAGAUCUGAGCCCAUCCCCAGUGAUAUCUAACCAAAGCUGGUAUUCUUCAAGUGAUCUUCAAGAUAAAACAUAGCUGACAGAAAUCUUUAAAAAUAAUUAGGCCAUUUAUUUUUCUUACAGCUUUUCACAUAUUUUCUUGUGGUCUCGAGAGUACCAGGGUUUGAUUUUUUUUUAUUUUUUUUUUUUUAUUUUUUAAUUAACAAUUCUGGCUUAAUCCAAAACUGAUUGGACUCAGAGAAGAUUUCUAUGGAGUUUAGAUUAGAUGUAUUGCUGCCUAGCAAAGCAGCACUCCCCAAAAAAAUUAUUCCUAAAAGAGGAUUGAAUUGUUUCCUUUUAUUUCAAGAAUGCUUUCUGAUAAAUUAAUGAACUCAAACUAUUUGUUAAUUAAUUAUUCCUGUAAUUAUUAUGUCUUGAGUCAACGUUUGAAUGCAAAGGGUCACCCAGGGUAACAAUUGUAUUGGGACACAGGACUUUACCAUCUCUGUUCAAAGAGGGGAAUUGUGCCUAUGCCUUAAGUCAAUGCACUCAGCAAGGAGAAGCACAUCAUAUUUAUCUUGUUAUUAAAUCUAGUUUAUUUGGGGGGAGGGGCAGGAGGGUGUCUUGGGAACUGGUUGUGCAACUUAAAGAUUAAUGAAAUACAUUAAGACUGUAGGGGCACCUAGAAUGAUACAGACUUUUUUUUUUUUUUUUACCAUGUUAAAUAUAGCAAAAUACUGUGUAUGUUACCUCUGGGACCAUGACUGAAGUCCCAUUCAUAGUCCUACAUUUACUGUAGAAUUUUUUUCCCUGUUUCACUGAAUACUGAUCACAAACCUCAUGGCAAGCAUGGCCCAAUCCAUAACCAAAUCCUGUGUGAGCAGUUUGAAUGCUGCAAGAAGAAUUCUCUGUAAAUGACUCAGAUUAACCUUCCAGCCCUGGGAGUGUUCAGGUGGGUGAAGGCAGGGCUGAGCACAGGGACUGGCCCAUCAGGGAUGCUGCAUCCUGAUUUUGUGCUCCACUCUGGACACACCAGUGGCUCAGUCCUCCUCCCUCUGCCACCCUCUGGCUGCUCCCAGUUUCCAUCCCAACAAAUUAAUUUCGAGUGGCUGCUUUUCUCAGCUGGGCUCUUGGAUGAGGUUAUCACCUUCUCAUAUCACAACAGCCAUGAAACUGCUAAGGACAUUCAUAUCUUGGUGUGAAUUUCUGCUGGGGAGCUGUUAGGAAAUAACCUUAACAUCUGUGCCAACACUGCAGAUGCUUCUCUGAGGUGAACAAAGGGUACCUUAAUUAUGUCUACUGAAAGAAAUUCUCAUUUCAAUAUAUUUUAAAACCACGUUUCCAUCUUGAAAACCAUAAAAUUAUAUGUUCUGUUGAAAUGUGAGGAAUUGUUGUUAGAAAGAAUUAACCCUUUAGGGACUUGUAGGUCAUGUGAACACCACUUGAGUUUUAGGACAGUGGUUUGGGUGAUGCUGCCUGUGCUGGUCACACCCCCUGGGAGAGCUGGGGGUGCUCACCUGGAGAAGAGAAGGCUCCAGGGAGAGCUCAGAGCCCCUCAAAGGGGCUCCAGGAGAGCUGGAGAGGGACUUUUUACAAGGCAGGGAGUAAGAGGACAUGGAAGAAUGGCUUCAAACUGAGAGCAGGCAGGGUUAGGUUAAAUGUUAGAAAGAAUUUGCUGUGAGGGUGGUGGAGCCCUGGCACAGGUUGCCCAGAGAAGCUGUGGAUGCCCCAUCCCUGGAUCUUGGGCUUGUAGUAGCCUGGUCUAGUGGAAGGUGUCCCUGCCCAUGGCAGGGGGUUGGAACUGGAUGAUCUUUAAGGUCCCUUCCAUCCCAAACCCUUCUAGGAUUCUGUGAAAGCAAACAGGGCUGUGUCUCAGAUCCCAGGGCAAUAGCAGGCAUUUUGUUUAAACAGCUGCCUGCAAACACAUCCAGCCAUCUCACACUCCUUGUGGAGUGGUUUCCUCUCCUGCUGGAAAGGCAAGUGCAUGAGAGUCCCUUCUGCUCCUGCCUUGCCCAGAAAUCCCUCACAGCACCUGUGCCUGUGUGGGCUGCUUUUCCCUGAACCCCUUUAAACCAGAGCUUCCCUGACUGGCAUUCCAUCCACAUGCUCUCCCUACCAUUGAUAAAACACCAGAAACAAAGAAGGCUUUGUGUAUUUCAUUGUGAAUUGGGCCUGGAGUUUGGUUCAGUCAAGCUUUGGCUGUUUGGGGGAUGGGGCUGGUCUCAGAAUAGAGUUUGGUUUGUUUCUGCUGAGAUCAGUGGAAGAGAUGGUGAUGACUUCAUGGCCUGAGCUGGGAGCUGGGAGCACUAAAACCCCACCCAAAUGCUGGUCAGUGUCCCCAGUGUCAGUGUACUGGGGCAGCCAUGCAGCAUCCAUAAAUGCAUUUAUGUCUGGUGGCUCUUACAGGACUGAAGUUCAAUUUGCUGCAAAUGUGACACUUCAGGAAAGGGUCAGGAGAGUGACAGAGCUCACCUGUGACUGGAACCUUAUCCAUGGGUGUGGGACCCUUCUGUCAUAGCUGAGGUAGGAUGGUUCUACUAAAGCAAAAAGACUUUGCCAUUAGCACAAGCAGAGCUCCUGAUAGUGGCUGUGCCUCUGUACCCAUUCACCACGUUUAUUUGGCUGUUGGUUUGUUUGGGGUUUUUAUUCAUUUUGAAGUGUGUUAUCCCACAGUUAGUGAAAUGGGCAGCUAAAGAGAACAAAGAAAUGUUAACAGUAAAGAAAGUCAUCAAAAGGGGAAGCCAGCAACUACUACAAUAUCUAUAAUGCCUCUCCUAAGUAUUCCUUUCUGGAAAACUGAGAUUGUGCAAGAGUGAUUUGUCUUUGGUUACCUCAGUCAUGUGCUGUCAAGCAGCUGUGUUUUAGAAGGGUUGAGGGUUUUUUCUCCUCUUAUGAUAAAUAUCACAUUGCACAAAGAAAAAGUUUGAAGGCCGAAGCCUAAAAAUACAAUCUGCAAUAUAUGGUAUAGCAAAAUGAUGGCUAAAUAACAACCCCUCCCUAGAAAUAGCUCCAAGGUUGAAGGGAGUUUCCUGUGGAACUUGUGAAGGCUAGCUCACAUCACAACCUAGUGAAAAUUUAUUUUGUCAUAAGAUGCUCACACAUGCACAUAAAUACACACACACUCUCAUAUACACUUAUUUACAACAAAAGCCAGUUUUCUUUAUAUUUGUUCUUAUGGCUUUAAGUUUCACAUUGCAAAAGAGAGUGAGACAAAGACCAAAGACUUCAAGAAAUUCAUCCCUCUCUGGUUGCCCUCACUCCUGAAAUGCAUUAACUUUAAUGGUGCUUUUUCUGAACUGGGCAGGAAAAAUGCAGGUGUAUCAUAAAGCUGCAUUUGAGAGAAUGAAGUGGCAGGAAGGCUCCAACUUGGUUAAUGGGGAGAGGAGGAGAUAAUGUGAAAAAUCUUGAAAUGUGUGCAGAGGGCAAGAUUACCUGAAAUUCGAAAUGUGGAGAAAUAGCCCAGAAAGCUUAAAGAUAUCAUCCUGGGCUGAAAGUAUAAAUAAAGUGAGUAAAUGGUGCCAGCUGUUCACUUGAGCAUUAGCAGGGCAGGAGCUCCAGUGGCUGCUUGGUGGAGAAGAGUAACUCUGCAAAGAUUCCAUUCUAAAAGAAUCUACAGUAAAAAAUAAAUUUAAAAAAAAAAAAAAAAAAAAAAAAAAAAAAAAGAGAGAGAGAGAGAAAGAAAGUUAGAGGCUGUGCUCUUUUUUAUGGCUGACAUUUUAAAUUUGGAAAUGUCAUCCAGAAUUCACCCCAGCAAGUGCAGGGCGUGUUCCUGCCAAGCUUUGCCAAGCGCUGCUUUGGUGCUUUCUGAGAGUGAAAAAGUGAAAAUACCAGCCUUUUUAUUGCCCUGGCUGUUCAGGAACGUGAUCCUGGCAACAGUUCCCUUUUCCCCAUUUGAACCUUUUUUUUUCCUCAGCUCUGAAAUUGCUGUGUAAUGUUUUGGUAGCUGGUGUCCUGCUCUCAAAUGUGCAUCGUGUCAUCUCAGUCACACAAAAACUUGUGUUCAGCAGUGGCACGACCAUAAAACUGGGGACUUCCAGGUAAAUUCUGCCUGGCAGUUGCUGUGUAUUCACAGCUGAUGUAGCCAAGUUUGUGGCUGUGAGUGGAGCAGGGUUAAACACUGACGUGGUGCUGAGGUUAUUCGAGCAAGAGUGGAGUGAAUUAAACAAGGCAGGUAGGAGGGAAGGGGAAGAAAUGGAGAGAGACAUCACCCUAAUCACAGUAAUGCAGUCAACGUCCCUGUCCCUUUGCACUAUUAUACUUUAAAUUAAUAACAUCCAUUUUACUAAAUAUGGUGGCAAUUAUGCCUGAUCUUUUCAUGGAGCUCAGUGGAAUUACUGUCACUGAAACCACUUACAGCUCGGGCUGCUCAAGAUUGCUGGGGUGUUGUUUCCAUCCACAAUAACCACAGUGGCUUGGGGCUUGGAUGGAAAUUAUAUUGAAUAGCUUGUAUUUAGAAAGCUUUUAAGUCUGCUGUGGUUGAGAGGCCCCUGGUUAUGCACAUCCAGCCCUGAGGCUUUAUCAUUUCAGCCUCUCUUGUCCUGCCACUUGAAUUGUAUUGUGCCCUUGUGAAAAGCGACACACGGUAUAAAGAACACAGGAAAAGAUGGAUAUUUAAAGCUGCAGGAUUUUUAUCUGAAAUGAAGAAGGAAACACAAUCAGAGUGCCCCACGGAGAUUUCCCAUCCAAAUCACUUUAAACUAGAGGUGCAAGUCCCUUAAAAAUUAAUUUGCUACAAGUGUCGUUCCUGCAGCAAAGUUAGCUGGUGUCUCUCCCAGGAAAUGUCUCACCUUAGUGCAGCUGGGAGCCCUGUGCUGGCUGGGAUUUUGUGCCACCAGUCAGGAGAGAUGGGCUGCCUGUCAGGUUUCCUUUGAGGCAGCUGAUCUCCACAAAUGGAGCCUUUGGUAGCUUUUAACAGGGAUUAAAGAACAGAAGGGCUAAGUCCACUGUGAAGUGAUAUGUAAUUGUAUGUUUGCCUCAUUUAGUUGGUUGAAACUUUCCACCAGGAAGAGAAAAUAUCAGGAGAAAUUUCUGUGAAAAUGUUACAUUUGCAUUGUGCCACCAAAUGCUUCAGAUAAAACCAUGCAGCUUUAGCUAUCAGUCUUUUCUUCUGAGAUUAAAAAGGGCUCUUUGGAGCCUCUCAACUGGUCCUACCCAAAUGGAAAGUUUUACCAUUUCUAAUGUAUUUGUCAUUACAGGAACAGGCUCAUUCCCAAGCACAACUCGUGUGCAUCUUUGCAUGUAACAGGAAUUUUAAAUUGCAUUGUACUCUUACAUUUUUCCCCAUUCAAAGGCUUAACCACUGAUAGGAGA